UGGGAUGAAUGAUUGCUGAAUGAAAAUCACCUGCACCUGUCUGAAUUGAUUGGCUUGUUUGGAGAGAGUGUGAACCUGGGUGCCGUUACUUCUGUUGACUGCAAAGGGAACGCAAAAGGAGCGCAAAAGGAACACAAAAGAACCGCAAAAGGACUGCAAAGGAACCACAAACCAUCUGAAUCGUGUUGUCAAAUAGUAGAAUGGACACAGAAGAGUUCCGGCGCCGAGGAAAGGAGAUGGUUGACUUUGUCGCCGACUAUAUGGAGAACCUGGAAGAGAGACACGUCUAUCCAGAUGUGGAACCUGGAUAUCUCCAUACCUUGAUACCGACUGAGGCACCAGUGGAACCAGAGAGCUAUGAAGAUAUCAUCAAAGAUGUGGAACGAGUCAUAAUGCCAGGGAUUACCCACUGGCACAGUCCAUACUUCUAUGCCUACUUCCCUGCAGCGUCCUCUUAUCCUGCCAUGUUGGGAGACAUGCUCUCUGGAGCCAUCGGUUGCAUUGGAUUCUCUUGGGCGGCUAGCCCAGCUUGCACAGAGCUGGAGACAGUAAUGUUAGACUGGUUGGGGAAGAUGCUGCAGCUACCAGAGUCUUUUUUAGCUGGAACGAGUGGGCAUGGAGGAGGAGUCAUUCAGGGCACAGCCAGCGAGGCGACCCUCAUGUCUUUGCUCGCUGCCCGCUGUAAAGCCAUCCGUCGAGUCCAGUCCAUUAACCCGGAAAAGUCAGAAUCGGAAAUUCUCUCCAAACUGGUGGCGUACACAUCAGAGCAAUCUCAUUCGUCAGUGGAGCGUGCCGGUCUGAUUGGAAGUGUGAUGAUGAGGAAAGUCCCGACAGACAGCACUUACGCCGUCACAGGUGAAACGCUGAGGAAGAUGGUGGAAAAGGACAAAGCAGCGGGACUCAUACCUUUCUAUUUCUGUGCAACACUUGGCACGACUCCAUCGUGUGCGUUCGACCACAUCACUGAGCUGGGGCCCAUAUGUAACGAGGAAAAUAUGUGGAUGCAUAUUGACGCUGCGUAUGCUGGCAGUGCAUUUAUCUGUCCUGAAUUCCGUCCCCUGUUGAAUGGAGUUGAGUUUGCAGACUCUUUUAACAUGAACGCACACAAAUGGCUUUUGGUCAACUUUGACUGCUCUACCAUGUGGGUGAAGCAGAGACAGGACAUGAUCGGCGCCUUCAAGGUGGACCCACUCUACCUAAAACAUGAGAACCAGGAGUCAGGUUUGGUGACGGAUUACAGGCACUGGCAGAUUCCACUGGGCAGACGAUUCCGCGCGUUAAAAAUGUGGUUUGUCUUUCGUAUGUACGGACUCAACGGACUGCAAGCUCAUAUACGUAAGCAAGUGCAGCUGGCCAAGGAGUUUGAGAGUUUAGUACGAGCAGACAAGAGAUUUGAGAUCUGUGCUGAGGUCAUCAUGGGUCUGGUGUGCUUCAGACUGAAGGGCUCCAAUGAGCUGAACCAGAAGCUGCUGAAGAGUAUCACGAAGAACCGUGAGAUCCACUUGGUGCCUUGUCAUCUGUCCGGACGCUUCGUGCUACGCUUGGCCAUUUGUGCGCGGCCCACCGAGUCUCGCCACAUCCAGCAGGCGUGGCGGCACAUCACGCAGCUGACCUUUGAACUCCUGCAAGAUGGUUGUCAUUGAGACCGAAGUCGUGGGGCAGACAAUGCAGGUAGCACGCGUCAUAAAAGGAGCCGCAAAAAGCACGCGGAGGUUUAUUAAACCGUGAUUUUUUUUUUUUUUUGCUUGUUAUUUUUGAAUUUAUACACAGACGCACACUCCUCGGUUUAUUUGCAACUCAACCUCAAUUUAGCUUUCAUUUUUGCUUCAUGUGUGUUUAUUCAUUGCCUAUGCAGCUUCCGCCCUGUGUAUGGUUAUGGUGCAGGUGAACUUCGAAUGCAUUUUUUCUGGUCUUUAUGAAUGUAUUGCAAAUUGUGUAAGUGCCGCAUUGUUUUGGUUAACACCGAGAUUGACCCCAAAUAUAAAACAUGCAAAUAUGCAAAUUUUUACCCAAUAUAAUUUUUAAGUGGAAUAUUUAAGAUUAUAUAAUAAUUAGAGCCUUAAAAAGGUGUAACUAAUAACACCAUUGAUUCAUUUUUUUUUUUUUAAAUGACACUUAAAAACAAAUCACACUAAAAUUAUUGGAGAUCCAAAAGGGUCCUACUCAUUAAAGUGUUAAAAAAUAAAUUUGAAUUUUUUGUUUUUUACUGUUUACUUUUAACACAAUAAUCUUGAGAUCCACUUCAGAUCUAUCCAUCAGUUAAAAGUUUUUUUGUUGUUUAUGUUUUUUGUUUGUUUUAGGCCCUUGUUUAAAAAUAAAAAUCAGCUCAGUUUUUUAUACGGCAAAGUGGUAGGAAAUGGAUGGAUGGAUUAGUGGAGAAGACAUAAGCUGGGACAGCAACAGGGGGGGUGGUAGGUUGCAUCUGAGAAAUGGAGCUUAAAACAGUGUAGGUCUGACUUGGUAGGAUAUGUACAGCAAGUAGCGGACAUAGAGAGAUCAGAUAGCAUAAGAACAAGUAUAUACAUUUGAUUAUUUACAAUCCGGGGAGGUGGGAUGUGGACGGGGGAGGGUGUUAGUUUAGGGUUAAAAUUGCAGAGAGGUGUUCUUUUAAGGCGGUUUUGAAAGAGGAUAAAGAUGCACUUUCUUUUACACCUGUUGGGAGUGCAUUCCAUAUUGAUGUGGCAUAGAAGGAGAAUGAGUUAAGACCUUUAUUAGAUCAGAAUCUGGGUUUAACGUGGUUUGUGGAGCUCCCCCUAGUGGUGUGGUCAUUUACGUUAAAGUAGUUUGACAUGUACUUCGGUACCAGGGAGGUGUCACAGAUUUUAUAGACAAGGCUCAGUGCAAGUAGUUUUACUCUGUCCUCCACCCUAAUCCUGGACAGCAUGCGUAGGUUUCGCGGACGCCAUUGUUUCGGUUUCAGAAGUAUCUGUUCCCAGUGAAAGGGUGGCACGUUAUUCUAGUAUCAACUCCACACACAGACAGCACUUCCUUAUUUUCGACUAAUUACACUCAGUGACAUCUAGUUAAAACUGACGUUUGUGAGCAUCAUGAGUCUUAGAUUUAGGAAAAAAAGUAAUUCAAUGAUUACUUACCCUCUGUAUUUAUUUACAUUUAUAAAGGAGUAAUUACCUUACUAGUUGUAUUACCUUUUUUGGGAAGUAAACUGAUAAAAUGUUAUUUUUAAAAUAGUCCAACACUGCUUGAGAAUGUAAGACCCAUUUCCCCCACUUUUUUCUUUGGAAAAAAGAAUAGUGUUUAAUAUUGGGGUCAAUGAGGUGUGUGUGUACAAUUGUAUGCGCAACAUAAAUACAUGUACUGUGACUUGCUCGUGGCAUUUUAAAAAAAAUAAUUUCACUUUUUUAUGAGUAUACACACUGUGCAUUCAGUUGUCAACAGUUACAAAAUAAAUUAUGGAUAUUUGAUCAAAGGCAUUAUGCACAAUUAACCAGUUUGGUUGCAGAUGACAACUAAUCACGCUAAAUGUAUUUAUAGUCAUAAUGUGAUCGUCCAAUCAACAAAAUGUGCAUUGCAGGCCAGAACUCAUAGUUUGAAGCUAAACAGCGCAAGGAUCUGACCUUUGACCACUUUUGCAUAUUGAAUUUGUUAUUCUUCAACAUCAGCUUGUGCUGCUUGAAACAUUGAAAAAAUUGCUACAAAAAGAUUAUCUUCAGGUCAAAUGCUAUAAUGUAUUCAUAUCUGAUCAUUUGGUGAUGUUAUAGUUUGUAUGUUGCUAAACAAAGAUUUGCUCUCAAUUGGCUCCACAGCAACACCACUUGUCAUGUUGUGUGUAUGAAGGCGCUUCUCUCCCGCUAUAUACAGUAUGUGCUAGUAUGAGUUUAUCAGAUUAAUAAAGUCUCCUGUUGUC